CUGCUGUUAUCCCUGGGAAGCCGAAAGAUAAAGACUGAGACAUGAAGCUGACCAUCGCUUGUGUAGUGCUCUUUCUGGCUGCAAUACAAGCACAGUCUGAAGAAGUGGAGUUCAAUGAAGACAGUUACUGGCCCUACAGCAACCAAAACCAGGCAGAUCUUCAGCAAGACAUAGAAGACCCAGCAUUUGAAAGAUAUCUGUUGAGAAUUGCAAGAAAAAGCAGACCAUCGCCUGUGAUUGAACUAAUUGCAAAGAGAAGUAAGGAGUUCAAAAGGAUGUCUCCAAAAAGACAUAAAAUUGAAUCCUUUAUUGGAUUGAUGGGUAAAAGAUCACUGAGUCCUGAGUCUGAAGAAAGUGAUGCAGAUUUGAAUCUCAAAAGGAGACGUUAAUACUUUUAAACUAAACAUUUCCUAUUUAUUUAUCUAUGGUUUUUGAAAACAAUAUGUGUUAAUUAUUUUAAUGACUAAUUGUCCAUUUAAUGAUACUAGCUGUUGUAUUAAUG